AUGGGAUUCCUAUGCAAUAAAAAUGAAGAGUAUAAGGAGGUGAAUAAACAAACCAAAAAACAUUUAGACGGGUACUCAACGGCCAACAUCGAGUAUCACUGGUGUGGAGCGGCAAACCCGAAUUGUCCCACAGCCGUCAAAGCAAACGAUGUUGAGCUACCUUCCUACAGGUUUGCGCAGUUCUGCGUAAAUCGCACGAUGGCUACCACUUCUUCGGGCUCAUACUCUCGUCUUCUUCUUCUCUUCAUCUUUGAUAGAGAAAGCGGUUUCUACUUGCUUCAAAUUUUUGUCCCAGCAGCUCUUGUGGUCGUUAUCUCAUGGGUGUCGUUUUGGAUUUCACGUGAUUCUCCACCAUCUCGCACUAUAAUCGGCACUACGACGGUGCUGACAGAAACACAUCUGAUGACGGGCACGAAUCGACGUCUACCUCCAGUCGCUUACAUCAAAGCUGUCGAUAUCUACUUGGGAUUUUGUUACCUAUUAGUAGUCCUGGCCCUCAUUGAGUAUGCACUAGUGGCUUAUACAAAGAAGAAAAACGAAGACCGCAAACGACGAGAGAAGAAAAAUGAAGUGAAGCCAGCACUACCAACCCCGGACUUAUUACAUGAUGCUCGAUUGGCAGAAUGUACAUGUAACCAAGCUCCAACAUCAAUCAUCGCCGUUAUCAAACAACCAAAUCGUUUUACUUGCGUCCGGCAUUCAUAUAUUGAUAUCGUCAGCCGUUUUGUGUUCCCAAGCACGUUUCUCUUAUUCAACAUACUCUACUGGGUUGCACUGUUGGCCAAAGCACAACGCCUUCCUUAUAUCAACUCUCUUUCGGGACAAGAUCGUUGUUAGAAAAUGCUUUCAUUGUUUUUGCCUGUACUGCAUAUAGCACAAUGCUCAAUUUUGCAUUUGCCGUUUAUACUCACUCGCUUAUAUCGUCGCUGCCUCUGUGUAAGCUCAGGACAGAAAAUGCCAAUCAAAACCUUAUAUCACCUUCAAAAUGCAUAUUAUUAUCUCGAACCGUAUAAAGCGUAUAAUCUUACAAUAAAGCCUACAGUCUAAAUAAUGUCUUCAUUGUAUGUUUGCUGAACAUUAUUAGUGGC